CACCGUGUGGGGCAGAACCGUCAUUAAUAAUAAAAUAAAAUUCAUAUUAAUUCUGCCGAAAAGAAAACGGUUUCCAAACUUUAUCUUCCCUGAAGAAAAUAAUACAAACGUGAAAGACUCCAUUGUUCAUCAUCUUCAGGAAGAAUUUGAUGGGUCUGCUCUCCAACAGAUUGGAUAGAGCGAGUCUGAAGCCAGGAGAUCAUAUAUAUUCAUGGCGGACUGCUUAUAUUUAUGCCCAUCACGGUAUAUAUCUUGGUGAUAACAAAGUUGUUCAUUUCACUAGACGUGGUCAAGAGGUAGGAACCGGAACGGUGCUCGAUGUGCUCUUGGUUAGCUCCGGUCCACGCCGGUCCCUAGUCCCGUGCACCACCUGCACUCACACCGAAGACACCAACGGAGUCGUGUCCUCAUGUCUGAACUGUUUCCUUUCCGGCGGGAUUCUGUACCGGUUUGAGUAUGCCGUCACCCCAGCUGUGUUUCUCGCAAAAGCCCGUGGUGGGACCUGCACACUUGCAGUCUCGGACCCGAGUGAAAUCGUGGUCCACCGCGCAAAAUACCUCCUCGACAACGGCUUCGGCUGCUAUAAUGUAUUCAAGAACAACUGUGAAGAUUUUGCGAUCUAUUGCAAGACGGGUCUUCUUGUUGUUGACCAAAGGACAAUGGGUCAAAGCGGGCAGGCGGUUUCAAUCAUCGGCGGGCCACUUGCGGCUGUACUUUCAACCCCGCUUAGACUGGUGACGACAAAUGUUUAUGGGAUGGUGGCGACUGCUGUUAGCGUGUAUUGUGCUAGUCGUUAUGCUGCUGAUAUCGGUAUGAGGAGGGAUGUCGUGAAAGUUGGUGUCGAGGAUCUGACACGUAGGAUAGCGACCGGUGCACUCACGGUUGUUGAACCUAGUAUUCCUGCUUUGGUGGCUAAUAAUAAUGCUACCUAGUAUUUGGGUUGUUUUAAGAUUUGCUAAUAAUAUCAUGUGUUGUUGUGUCUGGUUUUCUUUCGUUGUGGAAAGAACAGAUUUAUGUUGAUUUGUGGCACUUGUUUUGGUCAACAGUAUUUGCUUGACCAUAAUUUUGGGUGUUUGUUCCUAAUAAUAUCUUAAACUGUAAAACCGA